AUGAGAAGCUCCCACUCACUGGCAUCAGAAACACUAGAUAUCUUCAGUCCUAAGCUUUACAGAUUCAUACAAAAUACACACCGGCAUUGGCUAGACGAAGGCUGCAUCUGCCAAAACGCACGUUGGGGAUAGGCAGUGAAAAAAAAAAAGAGUGGAGAAAAAGUCCAGUCGCUCUUACACACACCGGACUCAAGGAUCAGCACCAUGAAGACCAGACUAGGCUGUCUCUCCAACAAAUCUGACUCCUACAGUGAUUUCUCUGAGUUCCUGCCUCCUGCUCAGGAAACUACAGCCAGGUGUCUGAAACUGUCAACGGAUGAGGUUGAACAGUGGUCUGAAUCGUUUGAUCACCUUCUAACUCACAAAUAUGGCCUAGCUGCCUUCCGGACAUUUCUCAAGACGGAGUUCAGUGACGAAAAUAUUGAGUUUUGGAUGGCCUGCGAGGACUACAAAAAGAUCAAGAGCUCGGCCAAGCUUGUGUCAAAAGCAGACAAAAUCUACAAGGAGUUCAUUGACGUUCAGGCACCAAGAGAGGUAAACAUUGACUACCGCACCAGAGAGAAGACCAAGCAGAGUCUGGAGGAUCCAUCCCCGACCAGCCUCAACGAGAUCCAAGCUAAAGUGUACAGCCUCAUGGAAAAAGACUCCUACCCACGAUUCCUCAGGUCCAAGAUGUACCAGGAUAUUGUCAACAGAACGCAUGCACAAGGCCAGCGGAGGUCUGUUUGA